CUUAUCUUGACAAAUUAUAUAUUGUUGGAAAGCUCUCAGAUUGAGGUUUUCAUAUAUGCCAACCAUAUUGUCAAAUAUAUUAUGUAGUGACCGAAAUGGACUAGUUUUUCACAAGAGUCUGCAGCAAAAAAUCAGAAGUAUACCAGGUGUUGUGGCCUUUACUAUUAAAGUCGAUACACUUAAUUUCAAUCAUGAAAACUUUGAUUAUUAGAUUAAAGAUUAUUAAAAUAACAAAUUAUUUUAGUAUUUGUACAAAUAUAUUGAAAAUAUAAUUAUAUGUGUAUAUUUAUUUAUGGUUAAAAUAACAUGUUUUCAAUGAACAUGCCCAUUUUAUUUAUCAUCAUGCAUGAAAUUCACUUUUUGUGGGAAGUUUCUGUAACAACACACUAGAUGGUGUGUUCGGUAAAGUAUUCUGAUCAGAAAGAACCUAUCCUCAUAACUUUGUCCAAUAAUGAUCCGGCAAGUCAUUCAAAUAAGUCUCAACAACCAGUCAGAGCAGCCGGUCCCGUAUCUAAUGCUUUCAAGAUCUUAGAUACUAAGCAGGCCAAUGGCCUCUUUGAAAAUGGAUAUUUACACAACCAGGAUCCAAUCCAAGACUAAUUGCGUACCGUUGCUAUCACAUGUCCACCUGCAGUUUGAAAACGUUUGCUGAAAGUUUGUAAACAUGCAUAUAUAUAUGCUUACAAGCACCAGGAGCAGCCAUUUCUUUUGCACUUUCACUCAGUUUGUGACAUGGAUCCACAGAGGCCAAAAAGAAAGUUUUAUACAGUUUUAGAAGUUGUCGACGAGCUUUUUAAAACUAGCGAUGACGAGCAGGGUGAGGAAGGUAGUGAUGAGGAGCCAGACCUGCUGUUUCCAGAGGUGGAUGCAUCAGAUACAUCACUAGAUUGCCAUUCAGAUGAUUCUUUUGAUGAGGACUGGCAACCUAAUAAACAAUGCCAACCAUCAACCUCUGAGGCAUCAGUAUCAGCUACUGCUUCUAGUAAAGACAGAGGAAGAGGGAGAAGCGGAGACAGAGGAAGAGGGAGAAGCGAAGACAGAGGAAGAGGGAGAAGCGGAGACAGAGGAAGAGGGAGAAGCGGAGACAGAGGAAGAGGGAGAAGCGAAGACAGAGGAAGAGGGAGAAGCAGUGACAGAGGGAGAGGAAGUGGGAAAAGCAGAAACCGAGGGAGGGGAAGAAGCAGUGGAACUGGGAAAAGUACAGUGCAAGGCAGAGGAAGACAGGAAGGAAGAUCUUCAUCUGGCUCUCCUGGUGUUUCCACUACUGAUGAUCGAUGGCACACCCCAGAAGAGCCUGAUAUCCCACCACCACAGACAAAAUUCAGGCCAGCUCGGACACCUGGACCUCAAAUUAUUCAAACCGAGACCUAUAGUCCUCUGGAGUUGUUCCAGCUGUUUUUUUCAACAUCAGUAUGUGAAACUAUAAUUCAGAAUUCAAACACAUAUGCUGCUGAGCAUGUAGAGACCGCAAGAAGGCUGCAGCAAGAUAUGUCCAUGAAGGACUUUUUUUCAUUUUUGUCAAUUACCCUCUACAUGGGUCUGGUGAAGUUGCCGGCAGUGACAGACUACUGGAAUGGAUCGCGACUUUAUAGCAUUACAUUUCCAUCUUCUGUCAUGUCCUGCAGAAAAUUUCUUGCCAUCUCCUCAGCACUUCACCUUAGUGAUCCCAAGGUGGAUGCCGAGAAUGAAAAAAAGAAAGGAACCCCUGCCUUUGACCGUUUGUGCAAACUCAAACCCUUGUACGACCAAAUUCGGGAAGGCUGCAAAAGCUUUUACCAACCACAUCAGAACAUUGUCGUUGACGAAAGGAUGGUGGCAUCAAAGGCAAGGAUUAGUUUGAAGCAGUACAUGAAGGACAAACCCACAAAGUGGGGGUACAAGCUUUUUGUCCUUGCAGACUCCCAGAAUGCCUAUACCUGGGAUUUCUUCAUUUAUGAAGGAAAAUCACCAGUGGCUCAGAAUCCACAAAACAAGGGACUGAGCUACGAAUCAGUCAUGGCUCUGGUGGAUGAAAAGCUUUUGGGGUCUGGCUACAAAUUAUUUGUAGACAAUUUUUACACAAGCCCCUUGCUUUUCCAGGAACUCCUCAAGAGAAACAUCUGGGCUUGUGGGACCAUCAGAGGCAACAGGGUGGGCUUCCCACACACCACACUAAAUAGACUGCCCAAAAAUGCACCUCGAGGAAGCAUACGGUGGAAAAGGGACAAUCAGCUUCUCUUCAUCGAGUGGAAGGACACACGAGAAGUUUUGAUGUGCUCCUCAUUCCAUUCUGCAAAUGGAGGUCAGACUGUUCAGAGAAGGAUGAAGACAGAUAAUGGACAAUGGACCACAAUGACUGUUCCCAUUCCUACAGUAGUGUCAGACUACAACAAGAGCAUGGGAGGAGUGGAUAUGUCUGAUGCCCUCAUUGGGUUUUAUUCAGCGGCAAGGAAAACAAGAAAGUGGUACCGCACCAUUUUCUUUCACUUUGUAGACAUUGCAGUUGUCAAUGCAUACAUAAUCCACCAGCAGUUGUCUGCAAUGCAAAACAAGAGGGCAAAGACACAAAGGGAAUUCCGGGAAGCACUAGUAAAGGAGCUCGCUGAUUGGGUGCCUUCUCACUGA